AUGGCUUCUGUGCAGUCGCGCGACAGUCCACCUUCGCCGUUGACACCGACUCAGCAGCUUCGCUCGGACCCACCGGAAGGGCGCGACGAUAUCUCUGUUGUUGAGCUUGACGACAGGACAGUCCCAGUCGCUCCAGCCAGUACGCCAUUGCUCUGGCACAGCGCAUCAAUAACCGAUCCAGAGUUGCCCAAGCAGGAAACGUACCAGCAAUCUGUGCCCCAUGGCUGGCCGAUGCAACCACGUCAGCUCCGUCGUGACUGGAGAUCUCUCGUGGUACUGCUAUUCCUCGAUGUGCUAUUUGCGCUCAUCUCUCUUGCCUUCCUCAUGUAUGGCUUCAUGGUGCUUGGUCAUCGAGGCCAAUCAGUAGAGGAGCACCAGUGGGUGGCCAGCGCCUUGCUCAACGUCGUCGCUCUAGGACCUACCAUCUUCCCUAUUGUCUUUGCGGCGGUGGUCGGACGUACCCUCAAGACGAUCUUGGUCUGGCUACUCGAACGGGGCGAGAAGCUCGGCACACUAGAUCUUCUCGCAGGAAGCAACACAGUCGCUAGUACAAUAUGGAGUCUCUACGUCUUAAGGUCCUUUGGGUUCGUUGGCCUUGCUCUAGUCGCCGCAUGGGCAUUGUCACCGGUCGGUGGCCAAGCGUCCUUACGAGUCGUGUCAUUAGGUGAUGCGACCAUACCCGAGAUCGUCCCACUUCGAUACAUGUCAGCAAACAACAGCUAUUCCAACUACGUCUCCGGUGACCUGGGUGCCGUGCGGCCGUCGCUCUUCGGGAUGUUCAAUGCUGCGUUGCUGGGACCAGAGAGGACGAAAGCCUCACCUGCGGACCCAUGGAACAACGUGAAGGUCCCCAUGUUAGAAGAACUUUCGACUAACAAGGAUUCGAGCAACCAGGACUGGAUCGACAUACCCGACGAUCACGUCACCUACGCAUCGUUGAUUGGCCUCCCUAUCGCAGACCUUCCGAAUCACGCCGAGACGGGCCUCACAAUGGAAUCUUUUUACUGGAAGGUCGACUGCACGAACCUCACAGAGGCAUUGCAGCCGUUCCGUGCAGCAUUAGUCAACGGGGCUGCAACGAACACGAGCAGGGGUUGGUUGGGUUAG